AUGGCAGUCCUGGGCUCUCCCGUGCAAAUAUGGCAGUCGACGCCCGUCGUCACACGUGCUUUCACCGCUGCGACGCUCGCAUGUUCUUUGCUCUACUUUUGGCUCAGUUGGCAGCUCGGCAUCGACACGCCCUGGCUCACGCUCAUUCCCGGAGAGAGCUAUUUCUUCCCCUGGGUACUCUUGACAAGCUGUCUGGUCGAGACUACAAUCAUUGAACUGGCAGUGACUCUGCUCUUCGUCCCGCCCUCGCUCCGCUACCUCGAACGUCUCUGGGGCGCGGCAGAGACUCUCAAGUUCAUUGCAUUCACCGUCACCAUUUCCAAUAUCAUUGCCUUUGCUCUCAACUGGAUAGAGUUCAUCGGCACUCGCAAUGCGGAUCUCUUCCUGUAUGGGAUGGAGUACCACGGACAAAUGGCGCUGCAGAUCGGCAUCCUGGUUGCAUUCACGCAACUCAUCCCCGAACACCACGUCCAAAUCCUCGGCGUCAUCAAAUGCCGCGUCAAAACACUCCCGAUGGCUUAUGUGACCCUAUCAACGGUCCUCUGCCUAAUCGGCUACCAAUGUCCCUAUAUCGUAAUCCAGUUCGGCUUCCUCUUCGCCUGGAUCUGGCUCAGGUUCUACAAGCGCAACAUCGACGCUGCGCUUGGCGGAGGCUACUCGUACGGUGACCGGAGCGAGACAUUUGCGGUUAUCUACUGGUUCCCGCCGUUCCUCCACGGGCCCAUCGGCUGGUUGGGCAACACGCUGUAUGUGUACGCAAAUCGGUAUCACCUUAUCCCGACGAGCUCUGGCGACGUCGAGGCCAAUGGUUUCGCACCUGGAGGUACGCGCGCUGAGGCUGAGAGGAGAAGGCAAAUGGCGCUCAAAGCGCUGGACCAACGCGUCGCCGGCGCAGCGCCCACGAAACCUGCUGCAGCAGCAGCUCCUCCUGAGACUGAGGAGGGUGACAUUGGCGCACCAGCGGCGGCUCCAGGUCCUUCGAAAUAA